UCCACGUAGCGUCACCGCUGUGUUGUCGAGCUGCAGUCGGAGGAAGAAUAAAGCUACAAACGACGACGUUUCUCAUCUGUUCUCGUGUUUCUGUCGAUGUUUCACGCGUGUUCACUAAAUACUUGUUUAUGUUGAUUAUAAUGAAGCCACAGAGGCGCGUGUCGCUCAAUUUGACCACAUAUGUGGGCUAAGCUAUGUUAUCGAGCUAAUUGUGGACAGACUAGUUAGCAGAUACUCGUGUUGUUUACAUUCUCUCCAACAUGUAUACUUUAUUAUCUGGAUUAUAUAAGUACAUGUUCCAGAAGGACGAGUACUGCGUACUCAUCCUGGGACUGGACAACGCUGGGAAAACGACCUUUCUGGAACAAACCAAAACAAAGUUCAGUAAGAACUAUAAGGGAAUGAAUUUAUCAAAAAUCACAACCACAGUUGGCCUGAACAUUGGUACGAUCGACGUGGGCAAAGCUCGUCUCAUGUUCUGGGAUCUGGGAGGUCAGGAGGAGCUCCAGUCUCUGUGGGACAAAUACUAUGCUGAGUCCCAUGGAGUCAUCUAUGUGAUAGAUUCAACUGAUGAAGAGCGGCUGUCAGAAUCGAAGGAGGCCUUUGAGAAAAUGAUCAGCAGUGAGGCGUUAGAAGGCGUCCCUCUCCUCGUGCUGGCCAACAAGCAGGAUGUACCGAACUGUUUGUCUGUGCCGGACAUUAAAACAGCUUUCAGUGACUCUGCCCCGAAGAUCGGCAAGAGAGACUGUUUAGUCCAGCCUUGUACUGCGCUCACAGGGGAUGGAGUGAACGAGGGCAUUGAGUGGAUGGUGAAGUGUGUGGUGAGAAACAUUCACAGGCCACCCAGACAAAAGGACAUCACGUAAGAAGUCUUAAGCACCCUUGAUGCCGCUUCCGGACUAUGAGUUUCUCCUCGAGGACAUUCCACGUAAACCCUGGAGCUCAUAACUCUCCUCUCUCCUCGUGUUUGCUGUGACUUUGAAACACUUUGAAUUUCUGCUUUCAGGAGUUCAUUACAGACAGAGUGUGACAGAAUCUUUGUCACAGAGCAUAAUAUCAGCUGUGAUUUGAGUGGACGUCUGUCCGUUUCACUUGUUGAUGAUUUCUUCUGCUCCCUGUGCGAGCAGCAGCCCCCAGUCUGUGGUGGUUGGCUGCAUCAUGUAUAUCUGCAUGGAGCUUCACUGACAUCUGACACCUUGCACUGCGAUCACAAGAACACAGAAACAUCAGCUCUCUCAUGACAUAUACCAAACUGUAAUACAGCUGUCCUCUGUUGGCUCACAGUGUCACAUUUACAAAACAAUGUUUAAACAGAAUUUAAAUCCACCUAAUUUUUUGUGUGAAUUCACAACGAUGCUGCUGCUGUUGUGCACAGUGUUCCUUAGCUGAGAACAUAUUUGCAUCUACACUUCAGGCCUGUGGUUGGGCGGGCCUCAUAUGCAAACAGCGACCUGUCAAAUCUGAUCCAGCUCAGUACUCAGUAGAUGUUGAACUUCUGAAUUAGAAGCUAAAGAAAGAUACUGUUUGUUUGAUUGUGAUUAGGCGAUUCUCUUUGCAGUAGGUGAAUGACGUGCUCUGGUCUCUAUGGUGCUCUGCUGACUGCAGAAUGAUGUCCUAUAUUUGAACAAUGAUACAAGGUAUUUUUCCUCAUUUUCACAUACAGUUAGCUAGCAAACAUUACAACACAACUUUCAACAUUUUAGGAGGACCAACAUACUACAUACUACAACAUACAACAACAUGCACGACAUAUCCUGCAGCCGUAGCCCCUCAACAUGCUGCCUCCACAGAACCAGGUUUCACUACUUUGCUCACUUUACUUGCUGUUGACAUGUUCUUGUUUCUAGCCCUAAAACCCUUCACUUGUUAUAUUAUUUAUUAAUUUUCUUUUUACCUCAUAUGACUGCCAUAAGAUUGUUGGUUUGUGGUUUUAAGAGGUUUGUAACAUUGUCAGAACUGUUACAUUGAGACUUCAUGUGCAGCUGUGUCAUGUGGAGAGUUCAAGUCCUAAAAUGUUUAGAGGAGCAGUAACAGUAACUGCUCUGUUAGGGCCCACUUUUUUAUGUGUUUGAUUUUCAUGGUUUGCUCAUAGCAGAGGGGAACUGAGUGGGGCUCCAUACAGACUCUGGUGCAGCAGUGCAAACAGACGUGUGUGAGUGAAACACUUCCGACUCAACAGUCACUGAACUGUUUUUUAGGUUUCUUUGUUACCUGUAAAUCCUUUGACCUCUGUAUAACAGUCCCAGAGUGAUCAAAAUGAAACUUUUUUUUUUUGAUUGACUUUGAAAUGUUGAUGUUCAUAAUUCCAGCUGGUUGGUAACUGAAAAGUAAAAACUAAGGUGUGCUGAACACACUCAUGAAUGUUGCUGACCUCUGCAGCAGUGUAACCUGGGUAACCUGAUGUAUGAAAUGAUUUAAAGAACCUGAAGGUGACGUCCUCCACAUACAGUAAUGAUGAUAAUACAUUUCUGAUUUUAAAAAAAGAAAAAAAAAAAGAAAAAAGAAAUCUGUUGAAUGUUCUAUUAUCAGUACUCAAUGACCCACACAUGUGUGAUCAAAAUCUUAAGACUGGGUGAAAAAUUACUAAUAUUCGCAUUCUGGCUGGUGGAACUUAACCAGGUUGUAAAUAGAGCUACAAAAUGCAAAAAUAAGAAACAAGAGCAAGAGACAAGUAGAAGAUGGAAGAAAGCUUUAUUCUCUGAAGAAAAAAAACUUCAUCUGGAUGGUCCUGAUGGUCUCCAAUGUUACUGGCAUGACCAGGAGAUCCCACUGGAGAAGUUUUCUACAUGGCACAGUGGAGGAGGCUCCAUCAUGAUCUGGGGUGCUUUUUCUUUCAAUGUAAAAAUGGAGCUUCAGUUUGUGCAGGGGUGUCAAAAUGUGGCUGGCUCUGUGGAGAUGUUGCAGCAGGGAUCCUUCUUGACUAAGAACCCUUGUCUGUGCAGUGAUUACUGGUCUUUCAACAGGACAAUGCUUCAGCUUACAACACCCGCCUGACAAAGGACUUCUCCCAGGCUUAGCGUUAGGCUCUUUUGGACCAUCCUGCUUGUCCCCCUGAUCUAAAUCCCACUGAGGACGUUUGGGGAGGGAUGGCAAGGGAAGUUUACAAAAACAGACGUCAGUUCCAGACCAUGGAUGCCCUUCCCGAAGCCAUCUUCACCACAUGGGGCAAUGUUCUCACCAACCUUCUGGAAAAACUCGCAUCAAGCAUGCCUAAAUUAAUUUUUGAAAUGAUGAAGAAUGGUGGGGCAUCUGAGUAUUACUGAGUCCAUUUUUGACACUUUUAGAUCUAUUUUUGGUUAUUUUGGGCUGUGGCCUUUUGAUCAGCUGAUAAACAGCCUGUUUGAGUUUAAAUGCAGUUUUCAAUAAACUGAUGAUUCUUUUUUGUUUUUUGUUCUGAAGCGCAAAAUGCAAAUAUUAGUUAUUUUUCACCCGGUCUUAAGAUUUUGAUCAGGAGUGUACACUGAUUAUGAAGAAUAAAACUCAUUCAUACUCUUAGAGUUGUUAUUCAGACAAAUGACUGAAUGUGUGGUAACUGCAGGAACCUUGUCAGAUGUUAGGUUUACACUUUCUACAAAAUUCAAUAAACUGUCAACAUCAAAAUAUAGUAGGUUCCAAAAAGAGACACCAGCCUGAACUAUUAGAAUGAAGCAGAAAUGAUUGAUUAAGAUGAAGGUUUAUGGAUAGGAUCAGUAAAAGCAUGUCUGUCAGUGAGAGUAAAAUGUAACAUUUUCAGUCACUUUUGCAUGUUUGUAUCCAGAAAACUGAAAAGAGACAGAAAGUUUUUACUUUGUGUAAGUUUAUACAUGUGUUGGAAAUAAGUCCUGGUCUUGGUA